AUGCCUUUAACUAAUAAGUGGUCAAUUCGACUCAGUGAAGACAAAACGCCGUACGUGUUUGUCAACGACAUUCGCCAUUCCAAAAGUGGUAAAUACUAUUCUAAUAUUCUGCGCGCCGAGACGGGAGAAUUUAAGAAACGUAUGGCUAUAAAGGUACGACUACGAACGUUUUAAAGUUGUUCUUACUGUUUAUAAAUGUGCAGGUAUACUGACAAAUAUGUUUUAUAUACUGUAUUUUGUUUUUAUACUGUAUUUUUUGUCUCUUUGCAUGCGACUGACAUAUUAUAAUGCCUCUUUUAUAUCAUUCGUCUAUAGUAUAAAGAUGAGACAUAGACGAAUAAGUCGCGUCGAUUUAACAUAGUCAGACGGAAAGGUCGCAUGCUGACUAAGUUGUGAUCACUUGGAAUGUGUAAUGAAUUAUAAGUGAUUGUCAGUUUCCGGGCUUUUCGUUGGCGUUGCACACCAAUUCUGCUCAGGGAUAUAACAUCAAACAAUUAUAUAGAAUUCAUAAAUUUUGAAGAUAAAGAAUAAGAUACACAGACUGACACAGAUCGUUUAUUUGAAACCCUAACGUAAGACUUUUUCGACAUUUCCUUUUUUUAUUUUAUUUUAUUUUAUUUUACGUCUUCGUGAACACAGAUGCAACAGAAUGUCAGAGCGCUAAAGGUAAAAUAAGCUUCGGCUGAACGAAACUAUAAACGACGUUUUUGCUCAGUAAAACUUUCACUCAUUUUCGGGUCAAUUUCAAUAUCCAGUCAUGGACAGUCAUGACUGAUUCAAAUCGAGAUUCAAGACAUUCAUAGUCUGCGUAGCAGGCGGUAUUUGCGGGCACGUGGGUAUUUGUACCCACGAAUACCGGCCUGCUACGCAGGCUAAGACAUUCAAGUCUUUCUGUUUUCGAAAUUUCACUAAGUGAGCAAUUCUCGCGUGUGCCACGAACACGAAAUAAUCUAGUGACAACGAUCCGACGGGCGAAACUAACCCGAAGAUCUUGGUAUAAACUUCAUAUUAUCAUUUAUAUCUCGUGCAUCAUCUGUGAAUUAAUCUACAUAAUAUUUACUGUGAUUGUUUUCCUAGUUAGUAAAACCAUCAUUCACAAGGCUGAACUGUCUAGAAGGAAACAAUUAAGUGCUGAGCAAACCCAAUGUUAUAUAAGUGGGUCGUAUAAUUAAGUUGUCACUGUAUAAAACGUUGUCAGCGUUGGUCUUUUAUUAAUAAUCAAUUUGGCAAUUUCUCUUCGUUGCAAUGUGUCUGAACUUUAAAUUAUAUUCUUUGAUCAUUUCUAAAUGUCAGGUAAGUUUUAUACUCAUCAAGGGGAGAGUCUUGUCACUUGUUCAAUAUAAAUAAUAAAAGUAAUAUGGUAUAUCUGUGCAUGUAUUAUUUGAAUUGUUUUUAUGUGAAGAAUUUUAUUUAUUUUAUAUAUAGUUGAUUUUCAAUCCUGGAGCAGAGGGUAGAAGAGACCACUGUUUCUUUCAAUCAAGCAAGUAUGACUGGUCGGCAAGCAAUGGACCAUUUAAGGAAAUUGUUGCAGCUGAAAAUGAGCAACAAUGGGCCGCAAAAUGCAACAAAGCCAUCGAGUACUUGAAAAACCAAGAUGCUUCCAAAGAAUCUCAAGCAAGUCAAGCCAGUGCAUCCAAAGAUUCUCAGCCUGUGUUGAUGAAUGAUAACGGCAAUUCAAAAAGAAAGGCUUCAUCUCUUGUGGAACAGCUCACUCCUGUUGCCAGUACCAAGAAAAAGUGUGGGAGAGAAAACUUUGUUGAAGAAAAAGAAUUAGAAUACCAAAGAAGAGCCAAAGAAUGUGAAGUUGGUAUGUAGAAAUAUCAAAUACCGUAAACCUCCGACUAUAAGCUCCCCCCCUGAAUAUAAGCCCCCCCCCCGAAUAUAAGCCCAACACAUACGAACGCUCGCCUCAUUCCAAAUAUAAGCCUCCCGAAUAUAAGCCCACCCAAAUAUAAGCCCCCCAAAUAUAGUCCCCCGAAUAUAUUAACCCAGUAGCCCACUACGUUACUCAACAUUGACAUUGUCUUUUAAUAUAGCAGAGAACUGUUUUUGAACAAAUGACAAUAUUUAAAACCAUUGUCAUUGUCUUUAUAGCCCACUAUGUGAAUCAAAGUGCGUUAUUACAGUCAAACCGGAUGUUCUCUUGCGAGCAACAUUGCAACAUUGUCCCACAAUAUUGCAAUUUUGAUAGGCAAAUUGCUCUGAGCAAAUUGCAACCGACGCAAACAAAUUGCAAGUUGGAAAUUCACAAAAGAUUUGUAAACAAAGCCUCUGAUUGGAUUAUAAGAAAGUGGGAAGCCAAUCAAAUAGUCUGAGCAACUGGAUUGGUACAUGUACUUCCCUCUUUCUUAUAGUCCAAUCAGAGGCUUUGGUUACAGAUCAUUUGUGAAUUUCAACUUGCAAUUUGCCUGUUUAUGACUGACUUGUUUAUGUCUGACUUGUUUAUAUUAACUAACACAAAAGAUCGUCCAUGUAUAAGCCCCCCACCCCACCCCAAGCCCAUCCUUGUAUAAGCCCAUCAAAAAUUGCUUACAAAAGUAUAUAAGCCCAGGGCUUAUAGUCAGAGGUUUACGUUUAGAGCUGCGUGGUUCCAAAACUUUUAUCUCGGUUCUCAGGUUCUGUUUUUUUGGACAGUACAAAAUGUUUGAAGUUUAACUCAUGAAUGUUUUGAUCAUUUUUGCUAAAUAGGCCUAAACAAAUUUAUAUGCCUUUGUAAGUUUGUAUAUUAAAUCUCUGAAUAUUUUAAAAGAAUUGGAAUUAUUGCAAUUGGAAUUGCAAUUUUAUAUUUAUGAUCAUGAAAUGUUUCUUUUAAAAAAGCAAGACUAGUGCACAACAAUAACUAUCACAACCAAAAUAUCAACUAUUUGAGCUAUUACUUCAGUGCAUAUUGUGCACAAAGAGCACAAUCUUGUUAUUUUCCAAACAUUUCAACCUGCAAUACAUUUCAACCUGCAAUCAGGUGGGUGUUUGGCAGGCGUUAAAUAGGAAAUUACCGAAACUACCUGUUCUUUCGCGUAUAAUUUUUCGAUGCUAAAAAAGUACCAGUCAACUGAAUAUUUUGGUUAACCGCCCAGCUCUACCCACCAUAUGACCAACCGCAUGUUAACACAACUUAGCCCUGUUAAUACAACCACUUUAUUUUUUCCUGAGCAAAAGCUAAUAUUAAGUCUUUCUCUUAUUUGAAAACCUGUUAACCAAUUGAGUGCCAGUGCGCUCCCCUUGACGAGUAAAAUCGUCUGGCGUUAGACAGAGUAAAAUAAUCUGGCAUUAGACAGUAAAAUAAUAAAGUAGGGCGCAUCGGGGCACAAUGCGACUCAAAUUUGGGUUAAAUAGACACAUGGGCAGAUGGGCCAGUUAACCCAUUGAGCGCCAGCGCUCUCCCCUUGACAAGUAAAAUCGUCUGGCGUUAGACAGAGUAAAAUAAUAAAGUAGGGCGCAUCGAGGCGCAAUGCGACUCAAUGGGUUAAAAAUAUGACCACCUCUUUUAAUUGACCACAUGUUUUGGCUCAACGGUAUUAAUUUUAUUCUUUCUACAGCCAUACAAUUUAUAUAAAUAGCAUGUGUGUGUUUUCUACUACUUUAAAUAGAUGGCCAAUUCUAUGUUCCAGUUGGCAAGAUUGAACUACCUCCAGCAGACAGAAUGAUUAGGAAAGUAGAUGAAAUUUUCCUGGCCCAACUAAAGGCAAAUAUGGAAAGUAACCCCAAUGGCUCGUAUGAACCGCUUUACUUGUUAGUGAAAGAUCUCGAUAGAACUGAAAACUUUUCAAAAUCUUGUAUCGACAGCUACCACUAUGAGGUGCUUGGUGGUACUCAUAAUUUGUUGGCAACCAAGCAACUUUUAGAGAAACAUCCUGACAGCAAA